GCUCCCAAAGGGGUCAGACCAGAGACCAGGUCCACAACCAGACCACAUGAGACACACGGCUGCAGAGGAGAGCAACGGAGAACCAGAGAACCUCACUUCAUCCUCAGAGGUACCUUCGCGGACCCCUUGGGGGUCGCGGACCCCAUGUUGAAGACCUCCGCCUUAAAGCACAAACGUCUUGCAUCCAGAACAGAGCCCUGAGGAACCCGCCGUGAUCACCACGCCGGUGCGUCCAGGUGCGCGCGGCAUGGCGGCGGGGCUGCAGGUGGCGGGUCUGCUGCUGGGCCUCGUCUCCUGGUGUCUGCAGUCCAGCUGCACCUCCUCUCAGGUGUGGAAGGUGCGCAGCCAGCAGGGGACGGUGGGCAGCGGCCAGUGGCAGUACGAAGGUCUGUGGAUGAGCUGCGCCGCCACGUCGCUGGGCUCCGUCCAGUGCAGCCGCUUCAAGACGCUGCUGGGCCUGCCGCCUCACCUGCAGGCCUGCAGAGCUCUCAUGAUCUUGUCCCUGCUGGUCGGCCUGGCUUCCAUCGUCGUCUCCAUCCUGGGUCUCAAGUGCAUCAAGAUCGGCAGAACCUCGGAGAACGUGAAGGACCAGAUCGCCCUGAGCGGAGGAGUCCUCUUCAUCCUGUCAGGUGUCUUCACUCUGACUGCAACCUCCUGGUACGCUUCCAGAGUGAUCCAGGACUUCUACAACCCUCUCUAUGGAGGAGUCAGGUUCGAGCUGGGUACUGGUCUCUAUCUGGGCUGGUCGGCCUCCUGUCUGGCCAUAGUGGGAGGCUCUCUGCUCUGCUGCUCCUGCAGGAGGUCCUCGACCACCACCUCCUCAAGGCAGUUUUCAUACAACUUCUCAUCUACACGUGAAGGACAGAAGAUCUACAGAGCGGCUCCGACCUCAAACGAUGGCAGCUCCAAAGCUUACGUCUAAACCCACCGGAUCCACUUCUUAAACCACCCUCUGCACUUUGAAGCAAUUUGAAUGGUUUUUGACGAAAUGAGUUUUAUUGUGGAGGGAACAAUUUUCCAAACCGUGAUGGUUUUUAUUUUGCUGUAAAUACAUUUUUCCUGAAUUUG